UAGGAUCAAAAAAGCGAACAAUGCGGCUUAUUCCACGGUGUAUUACGUAUCGGACUUCGGGGUUGGCACAACAUCAAACCCUUCUUCAUUAGCCAAUACUGCAUAUUGCGUGAGUACCUAUGUUGGUUGUGAUCUCAUGAGGUACAGUAUAAGAAAUGCGAUAAAUCCUCUUCAUCUGUUCCUUGAUCACAGGCUUCCAUUGCUCACAAGAUGACGUCGCAGCUCAACUCCAUCUUCCACUCUUUUUCCAACCUCACCCCGCACAGUCAACGUCUGGCUAUAGCAGCGGCAGCCGGGGUGAUUAUUGGGAUCCCGGUCUUCCGUAUCGCAGCCGAAGACUAUCGUGGGUAUCUUGCUCUCGGGCCCGGAGGCCCACCUCACAACCUCAUCGGAUGGAUCGGUCAAAUUCUUCUAAAGCCACUGAAGAAGGAACCCUUUCAUACGAGCUGUUAUGAUGAGAAGGCGUGCGAGAAGGCAGGCCCUAAUGGGCAUGCCGCUUUCUUGAGUGAGAAAGAUGUUCCUGUCCGUGAAGCACCGAGGCCGAUGAUAGGGACGUGGACGGCACCGAGUCGACAGUUGACAGACAUGGCGAAGCAACCUCUUAUCGAGGCCUACCAAUCGUUCCUGUCAUCUCUAGCAUCAUCGUCUACGUCAAAGCUCAAGAUCGCAACAUCUAUUGCAGAGCGACGAGGUCCAGCCCUCUUUGUGGCUUCUGAGGAGCCUUCCCAUCCUAUCGCAAAGCGUACAAGAGGAGAGAUUGGGCACAUGCAUGGCAGCGAUGGUUCAAUGCAUAUCAACCUGGCCCCAAAGGAUGCAAAGCUUGUUUUGGAGAGAGGCUGGGGUCAACGUCACCCGCUGAGUGGUACAGUUCUAUAUAUGGGUAACGUGAUGAUUUAUGCACCGAGAACUGAGGAGGAACUUGAAGUUGUAAGGAAUAUCACGAGAGCGGGUGUGAAGUUCAUGCUUGGAGAAGAGCUCUAAUUUAGAGGAAGAAAGAAAACAGAUGACCUUGAUCCUAAAUAAUAAAAAGAUUUAGGUGAAUUUAAAUAAAUAUAGGAUAUCUUUACCAAGUUUAGGAUAAGUUUAGGAUGCAGACAUAUAGAAUUUAUAAAAAAUGCAAAAAAAGAAACCUAGCAAUUGCACGUUUCGAUCGUGCGACCUCCGGGUUAUGAGCCCGGCGCGCUUCCACUGCGCCAAAUUGCUUUCUUG